UCCACUGUAAACGCACGCAUUGAAAUUAACAUGGAAGAUGGUGAGAGACUUGACAACGUGAAUCCCACGAUUCACAAACGGUUACCGGACAGGGAAAUCACCGCGGACGAUGAUAACGAUGAUGUCGCGGACAAGAUCGAUGCCAGGGAGAUUUUCGAUCUUAUCAGGCACAUUAAUGACCCUGAACAUCCGUACAGCUUGGAAGAUUUGAACGUCGUGUCUCAUUCACAAGUUGAGGUUAACGAUGAAGAAAACCGGGUCAAGAUCAUGUUUACUCCCACAAUACCUCACUGCAGUAUGGCCACUCUGAUUGGUCUGUCCAUCCGGGUCAAGCUUAUCCGAUCGCUACCACCAAGAUUCAAGGUUGAUGUCAAGAUAACUCCUGGAAGUCACGCUUCGGAAGAAGCAGUGAACAAGCAGCUUGCAGACAAGGAGCGUGUGGCAGCAGCACUGGAGAACAACCACUUACUGGAGGUCGUCAACCAAUGCCUGGCUGUCUCAUGAUGGAGGUGAUGCAAGAAGAUGAAGCUGAAGUCUUUGAAAAAAAUCCAAACAAUUAAUGACAUAGUAAUGUCAGUCAUAUGUGAAGUUAACACAAAACCUUGGUUUUUUUUCUUUCCAUUUUACCAAAUUUUUAAAUGCACAGAGGGUGUAAUUUUGUCAAAAUGUUGAUUUUGUGUGAAAUUCAAAUAGUGGAGGGGGGGGGGGGACUGUGUCUGAUUUUCUUUUGUUUGUCUUGAACUUUUGCAAUAGAUGCUUGAUCGUUUUUUUUUCUAUUUUUUUGGUGUAGCAAAAUAAAGCUUUUAGGUCACAGUGUCACACCUGUAUUUAAGAAAGUCAAAUGUAAUUAUGUAAUGUACAAAUUAUUUCAAAUAUUCAUAUCAUGUGUAAGAAAUUAAUUUACUGUGCAAGUUUUUGCCUUUUUUCAAAAUCAAUCCUGCUCUGCUAAAGUCACCCAAAGGUAAACGAGACCUCAAAAUCAGUGAUCUUUUUGAAGUUGAAUUUCACUGUGUGUAAUUACAAAUGAAACUUUGUGAAAAGGAUCUUAAAAUAAUACAAAUAUUAAAAAUGUAAAGUGAAAGAUUC